AUGGCAUCUCGUUGGGUCGUCUUCAUCAUUCUUCUGAUGGCAUGUUCAAUACAACUCGGAUGCUCUGCUCCCAUCUUGUCGAAACGCGAGGCAUCUGAAGAAGAUACAAAGACAACGAUAGUUUCAAUAAAUGAUUGGCGGAGUAAGGUAGCUCGUUGGAAAAAUAUUGCCAACAUGAAUGAACUGGUAUGGGACAAAGAACUAGAAAGAAAGGCGUCGAAGAUGACAUGUAAUCGAAUGGUGACUGGACCGGAUUACACAGUCGCAGUUAUUCCUUCUGAACAAGCACUGGCUAAAUUGGGAUCGUCAUAUGAAAUUUUGCUCGGUUUCUGUGCUCCUACACAAACCAAAGUAGGAUGUUUCGAAUUCCACCCACCUUGUGUUGGAACGCUCGGAGCUAAUUAUGCGGGCGUUUGUCUCAUUGGACCAAAAAAUGAAAUAAGUCAUUCGGAUUCCAAAGAAGGCGAACCGGGAUCCGCAUGUCCAGGGGAAAAACGGCACGAUGGACUGUGUGUUACUCAGGUGGAACAAGUGGAAGAAGUUAAGGAAGCGCCGAAAUCAGUGGAGGCGAAAAUGGUCGGUGCCGACGUUACCCCAUCCGAAUCGAACUCGUAUUUUGUGUCCAUUUACAUGGCUUUCUUGUGCGCAGCCAUCAUGGCUUAUGCUUCUCAAUAA